AUGGAUGCUCCGGUCCCGGUCAGCCCGCAAAAGCUGCCGCGGCGGCGGCCUCAUAUCCUCUCUGUCUCUCUCCAGGCGCAAUCCCGAGGGGGCAAGUGUGUGCCUGUGGUGUGUGAUUCAGGCCAGGAGAGUGAAGUGCGAAACCUAUUUGAGAAGGUUGAUCGAGAACAGAACGGACGUUUGGAUGUGCUGGUCAACAAUGCCUAUGCUGGGGUUCAGACAAUCAUAGACAACCGUAAGAAGGCAUUCUGGGAAAGCCCUGCCUCCAUGUGGGAUGAUAUCAACAAUGUUGGACUCAGAGGCCACUACUUGUGCUCAGUGUAUGGGGCUCGGCUGAUGGUACCAGCUGGCAGGGGGCUCAUCGUGGUCAUCUCCUCCAUUGGGGGGCUGCAGUAUCUCUUCAAUGUUCCUUAUGGCGUGGGCAAAGCUGCGUGUGACAGGAUGGCUGCAGACUGUGCCCAGGAGCUGCGGCGCCACGGGGUCAGCUACGUGUCUCUCUGGCCAGGGUUGGUGCAGACAGAAUUGCUGAGGGAUCAUUUGGAGAAGAAUGACACUGGCGAGGAUGAUCUGUUUAAGCAGCUCAAAAUUAAUUUCUCAUCCGGGGAGACCACGGAAAUGAGUGGCAAAUGCGUGGUGGCUUUGGCAACAGACCCCAAUAUCCUGAGCCUGAGCGGGAAGGUGCUGCCAUCUUGUGACCUUGCUCGACGCUAUGGCCUUCGGGAUGUGGAUGGCCGCCCCAUCCAGGACUAUUUGUCUUUGAGUUCGGUUCUCUCCCAAGCCACCAGCCUGGGCUGGCUGGCCUCCUACUUGCCUGGCUUCCUCCGUAUGCCCAAGUGGAUUAUGACCCUCUACACAAGCAAGUUCUAAUCCUCCUGGCCUGAGGCCGCCACUCUGCUUGUCUUUUCAUUUGGACUGGGCGGCUGAGCCCAGCUCAGUGGAACAGGCAGCCUUUCCCACCCACCACGUGCCCCUGAUACAAAGAGAAGGCCUCUGUGUGUGUGUCCUUGGUGAGCCCUGGGCCCCAUAGGUCCUUCUUUGUGCCUUGGUUUUCCUUGUCCUUACGUUUUACUUUUUGCUUAAGUUUUGAAAAAUGUUCUUGGUACUAAUAAAGUUCUCAUUUCUCCAACA